UAUGUGCACCGCAACGUUUCUGCUGCAAAUAAGUGUUUUGUAACUCAACGAAACGACGGUUGAAACUCGUCGUGGAGUAUUCUGUUGUUUCGAAAACCGAAACGGUUUACAGGAGAAUAAUUCGGUCGUGUAAAAGUCGAGAGAGUGGACGAAACGGUGGGUGUGCACGCAAGAGGGAACGGCUUGCCGGCUCGGCCAGUCUACUGGAAGAUUCCAUUGUGAGUGGGCUUUCAAAAAGUUUUAUCUCCGAAAAGCCAGUGUUUUCGCGCGUUUCGUCGUUCGCCCGUGGAUGAAACCUAUACGCCAAGUCGUCCAAUGGAUUAAAUCGACGUCGACGAUCCACGCGGAACCGAGGACAGCCCACCUCAAUUGUAACAGAAUUCCGCAGACUCUUCGACAGGGAAGUCGCGUAACGAUGUAAAGAAUAAUGUAACGUGUUGCCGUUGAGAUAACAGCAACAUUCGCGCCUCGAGACGAAACAGAAGAGACAGCAGAACGAGCAGAACGAGGGGACAGGGAAUCAACCGAAAGACAGAAGGAGAUCGAUCGUUUUCUUUAAAAGCUUCUUCGACGAGGAAGAUUCUGACACUGGUCCUCGACGUACCUUAAGGACUACGUUAUUAAAUUAUAUUAAAUUAAAUACACAAUUUUCCAAAUCGGCUUCGAAAUAUCUCGUCGAAUUGAAGCCUGUGUAUUGUUUGUACGCGUUCGCGCGCAGGUCGCGAAUUUUCAAAGAUAUUAUAGAGGUGUAGAGAAAGAGGAGAAUAAUCGAGGAGAAGAUAAGACGAGAUGUACAGAGAUCCGAACAGUUCCUCGGCUAGCGGCACCUCCACAAAGGGCGACGAGGUCGAGAUCGUUAGCAGAUUUUUAGCGCCUUUAUGCGCGAGGGAUGAAACCGCCAGAAACAUCGCCCUGGCUGCGGCCAGGAACACCGUCGAGGGAUGGUUGGGGGGCGUUGGAAGCCCCAAUCACUGGGACGACACUGGUGAGAUGGAGGACGCUGAGGACCUCGGGGGGACGUUCAAGAGCCAAGAUGGAAGAUACGACAUGAGCGUGGAGCGCUCGCCGACGAAGUCGGCGCCGAAGAACGUGCAACAACUUCCGCACCAGCAGCAGCUACUCCAGGACACGUUCAGGACGGAAGGUUUCUUCCCCCAGAGCGUCACGGAGAACCCCCCUUUUCUGGAGGACAGCAGUCUAGAGUGCAUAGAAAGAUAUCCGUCGGGCUCCUUCGAUUGCGUGGAUGGACGCUUGGGGAACGAGACUGGUUAUGGCACCCCAAACGAGAGGAGACGAUACGACGUGGGGAGCUACAGAUCGGGUCACUCGACGUCGUCAGAUGAGGGAAAGGGCUUCAAGAUCGAGCAGGACCGAUGCCUGAGGUUCAAGGAAGGUUCAGAGACCCGUUUCGGGUCUAGCAGCGAGAGCGAGAGGAAGUACAUCGGGUCGUCGUCGAACGAGAGAUUGAACGAAGUGACUUUGGAGGAUCGACCAAAGGCGAAGAAUUACGUGAAGGUGAAGGGGGCGAAGCAGAAGCAGUUAGAGGAUGACGAUCUGGACUCUGACACGAGGAUCUACGGAAAGAGUCCCAAGUUCGACGAUAAUCUGGCAGCUAACUUCGAUCGCAGAAAUUUGAAUUAUCGUCCCACAGGGGACGUUUUAUCGCGGGAUCGAAGGUGUUAUGAUAGCGGAGAUGACGUUUCCUUCGACGAGACAGAAAUCGCCAUCAGGAACCGCGACGGAGUGGUGUUCAACACGCUGGAUGGCUUUGAAAAUGAGAACGCGAACGAAAUCUAUCACAGACAACUCGACGACAAUCGGUCCGAAGACAUGAAGUUGCAGAAUUUUGAGAUCUUCGCUCGCGAAGAUGAUCACCUGGAGGAUCGUCAGCGCUGUGGACGGCCCGACCAGCCUCAGGAUUAUCUGCGCAAGAACGACGAGAGGAAGUUCAGCGCUGGUCAGAUCAAGAGGCCGCUCUCGCAGGACGAGGAUGUCUCUUUCAAGAGCGGUAGAGUGCUGGAGAGCCCUGACGUGACACCUGGGGACGUUGGCAGGAUGCUGAAUCUGGGAAACGCGCUGGACGGGCCUAGGCAGGCGCAGGCCAACAAGUAUCUGAGCCUGGUGACGUUGCAUCUACCGGUGAUACUGAGGCUCAGCGUGAACUGUCCAUUUCAGAACGUAAGGAUCAAGUGUGCGGAGAUCCUGGAGAUGGUCAAGGACAGGGGACUACCAGUGCCAGUGCCAGCUUUCGAUGGACCCAGUGCCUUCGUCCCUACGUUCGAGUUGCCGGAUCUGAACAAUCUCGAUGAAAAGACGCAUAUCCUGUUGAUGGAUGCGUUCCUCCAGAACAACAGGCUGGAUCAUGUCUCGAGGGUGAUGGCCUCGCAUCCCUCGUACUUGGAACACUUCCUCCGUACCCAACAUUUCAUCCUCAGGGGCGACGGACCGCUUCCAUACGACUACAGGCAUCUCAUUGCCAUUAUGGCCGCAGGUAGACACCAGUGCAGCUAUCUAAUAAACCUGCAGAAGGGAGAGUUCAUCCUCCAGGGUGGCGAUCCGUCGUGGCUGCGGGGUUUGAAAUCGAUUCCAGGAAAACUGCAAGAUCUCUAUGAGAUUAACAAGAUUCUAGCCCAUAGGCCAUGGUUGCUGAACAAAACGCACAUAGAGAAACUGACCAAAGGCGCGGACAGUUGGUCCUUAGCCGAGGUCGUUCACGCGAUAGUCCUUUUGGCCCACUUCCACUCCCUCUCGUCUUUCGUCUUCUCCUGCGGUAUCAACGAGGAGCUGGACAACGUAGCUGGCCACCAUUACAAACAGAACCUUCAAGAGAAUAGCAAUAACGUACCAACUGCCAAAGACAAGCUUUCCAGUAGUCCCAAGAAGAUUCUCAACGGCGAUGGCAAGACUGAAAGCAUGUCGUCGCCGCCAUCCUCGCCCAGCAUAGUAGGCGAUCAGGAGGUGGGCGUCGAGGCACUGAUGGAGCGCAUGAAGCGCCUGUCGGAGAAGUCUGAAUCCUACCAAAUCACCCAGGAAGAGCUGUCGAAGAGAUUCGAGACCGUCGAGACGCAGUCCGCGGAGCUUGCAGCAGCGCCUCAGAGGAGUAGUUCUGUCCUCGACUCCGACAUAGGACACUUCAUCGAGGAUCCUACCUUCAUCUACCAGGACUUCGCCAAGCGGGGUCAGCUGAACGACAUACCGACCUUUCGAGUGCAGGACUACUCGUGGGACGAUCACGGCUACUCGCUGGUGAACCGUUUGUACAACGACGUCGGGAACCUCCUCGACGACAAGUUCAAGACAGCCUACAAUCUGACGUACUUCACGAUGGGCACGCACAGCAGGGUGGAUACGUCGCGUUUCAGGCGAGCCAUCUGGAACUACAUUCAGUGCAUGUUCGGUAUCAGGCACGACGAUUACGAUUACAACGAGGUGAAUCAGCUCCUCGAACGAAGCCUGAAGACUUUCAUCAAAAGCGCCGUGUGCUAUCCAGAACGCGUCACCAAGAGGGAUUACGAUCGCGUCAUGAGAGAAUUCAAGCAUAGCGAAAAGGUCCACGUGAACCUGAUGAUCUUGGAGGCACGAAUGCAAGCGGAGUUGUUGUACGCGCUCCGCGCGGUGAUGCGAUACAUGACCUAAGCGAGGACCGCGCCGCUCCCUUCGUCUACUUGCUGUCUGUCAGUCAGUUUGUCGUUGGUUUUUUUUUUAAUCGUAUAACUCGCGCCACGGAUUCGCGAGACGUCUUCGCGGACUCUGCACACGGCACGGAAGGAACGAGCGAACGAGACACCGAUUCUCACACCCAAGUAUAUAAAUUAUAUAUUCUCACACGACCACACGCAACACCCACACCAUACAACACAGGACAGAAACAAAAAGCUCACGUUACCACACGUAUCAAGCGCGUCAACCGAGGAUGAAGAGGAAGAGAAAAAAAAUAAUGAACUGGAUCAUCAAGUCCUCUGCGAGUGUUCUCUGCGAGGUGUUCGUCGUUUGUUCGUCAAUGGUGACCUCGGACGACUUUGUUCGUUGAGUCAGUGCUAUAAUAAUCGAAGAAGGAAGAUCGCGGAGGACUAGUAACGAGAGACAACUCGAUCGAGAAGUUGACGUUAAAGAUGACGUUGUUCGGGGGAAUUACAGGACACAAAAAAGUUUUUAUACGCAUCGUCGAGACAACGCGAGCUUUCGAUAUUUAAUCGCGACGGGCGAUCGCGCACGCCAUUUUGGAGAACGCGUGCACAACCAGUGUCGUUCGUCACGUGUGAUCUCUGAUGGGGGAGAAACGUGGACGCGCGACGGUGAGAUUUGAGAGAGGCAGAGUGGCGAAAGCACGAAGAUAGAAGGGAUACAAGCAUAAGAGUGAGAGAUUUCUCGUUUGUUUUGUAAAUAGACACUCGUAUUUUUCUAUGUUCGCGAGAUCGUAGUAGAUUGUUAUUUGCGCGUUUCGUUAACGUUUCAGAUCUGUUAGUUUUUUUGCCCCCCCCCCCCCCCCCGCCCCGGUAACACCUCCUCCCCCGCUCUACACCUAACCACUCGUUAAAAUUAUUUUCACGAGCUACAUUUUUCUAUUUUCCUUUCUUCCUUCGACGAUGCUUUCCCUUUGGUUCAUGUUUCGCGACUUAUUUUCCGUUUUCCUUUUAAGAUUCGCGUCUGUACGAGCAAUUGCGCGCGCGCGCGGGGAGGGGGGGAGGGGAGGGAUUGGAUCAUCCGUUGCGCAUAGUAAUCAACUCCUCGCGGCACUUUAUAUACGUAAACGAUUCGUCGAUAGUCGCGAUUAAUUGUUACGACGGUGAAUCGCGACUAACGACGAACCGAGGAUGACCAAGUCAUCGCGUGCGAUUUUUCGGUUUGUUCGUCGUUCGCGUUCGGUCUCAACCGGGAAGAGAAAGAUGGCGGAAACAGAGACGACGGAUGGAACCUCGGGCGAGACAGUAAGAAUUUUUCUCUUUCGCGCUAGUGAACGCGAUUCGCGUUGUACAUAUAUAUAUAUAUAUACAUAUAUAUAUAUACAUAUACGUUUUAACCUCGUUUAUUUCAAUGACUAUCGUAUAACGAAGAAAGCUAUAAUAUAAACGACAAAGUGUACCUUCGUUUUUUCGUUGUAUCCGUGUGUCGAAAAUACAAGUCGCUAGUUCGCUGCAUCGAUGAGAUCGUUCGUUGUAAAUUUGAACGUUGCGGGUGUACAAGGAACGGUGUACGAGCAAUUCGUGGCACCGAAUGACGAUAUUGAAAUAGUUUUAUCUCGGUUCUAUGUCUUGUUAUACUAAUUUGCUAUUUUAAUAUGAUAUUUUAACAACAUUAUGAUUCGAAAUAGUUGUCCAGGAAAUCGUGAUUUAUCAACUGUCAUUGUUGCAGCGAAUAGGCGAAAUGAUAAAUGAAAUGUUAGAUCGUAGGACGAUCUGCGCGCGCACGUGUGGCACGUGCAACCGAGUCGUCCGUGCGCGCGGAGAGACAACAAAUGCCAGUCGGCUGUGUUUAUUUACGAUGGAUCGUGGCGCUACUGGUGCCAACCGGAUUGCGCGACGAUUAGUUUGCUCGAGAGCGUUAGUUGGAUCAUGUCGACGCAUCGCGGACGUUGUGUCGUUGAGUUCUCUUUGCCAGGGAGACCAUCGUCUGUAGCAGUGUUGGGUAAAAUGCAAUCCUUCAUUAUGAUUAUUAAAUAAUUACAAAUCUUAGUUAAUCAACACCUUGAAAAAUUUGGAGUCUGUGAUCUAUGAUUGCAGUUUAAACAUGUGAAUUGUAAUUAGCGAUGGUACAAGUCUGGCAUUUCGCAAAGAUGGGGCUGAUUUUAAAGCAUGGCAGUUUAUUCGUGACGUUAAAUAUUUAUUUGUGCACUGCGAAAUAUUUUAUUCUAUUGGCUAAAUUAUCAUUUUUAUUCGGCGAGUAAUGGAUGAAUUGUUUAUAUUCUAUUCGUUAUUGGAUCCUUUUAUCUAGAUAAGAAUAUUACCCCAUCUUUGAUAUCUCCGACGGGGUUACGAGUUCGUGGAUACUUUUUUGAGUAUGAACAGAGCACAGUAUAAAAUUAAAACUUUGAAAUUAAAACGGGUUCAGCGUUUGCAGACGUCGACAAAGUGUAAACGGCGAGGACCAAUCGAAGGGACGAACGAGAGGCAGAGGGAAACGUCCCUGAAUCGAUGAAUUCGCGCGCGCUUAUCAACGAAUUGUCAUGCCUUUCGCGUUAGCGUGUUAAACAUUAACGAGACAAAGUGCGAAGGAGGGAACGUGGGAAUCGACGCGUUGUGUUGUGCUCGCCCCUUCCUUCGAUGACCAAAACGGUUGGCAACAGUAGAAAGACGGCUCGCUGCGCGACGCGCGGGCAGUACAGAGAGGCUGUUUAAACAAAUCAAAUCCAUAUUAAGUCGUUACGGUACACGAGGAAUGUGGCACAAAAAAGAAUGAAAACAAAACUCUAUUACACGCGAAUUACACGUGUCUGUGAUCGCAUAUUAUAUAUAAAUAUAUAAUAAUAUAGAUGUAUAACACAUAUACGUAUUGUCGAGAUGAAUAAUGAAAAGCAAAGUGUGUGCGCGUAUCGGUGCAUACGACGCGUAUUUACUUUAACGAUUACGAGAGGAAAAGAGGAGUGCGUGAUGUAUCGAUGCGUACCGAGCAGAAGUAAGCAAAGCAAAGCAAAGCAAACAAACAAAAGAAAUGAAAGAAAGACCGAUAUGGGAGAUAUACGUGUAGUGUUUGUAAUUGCAAUGUCUCUUUAUUAUGUAACCGUGUAUGUGCGCGCUCUGAAAUUAAUUGUAUAUUGAUUCGGAGCGGUCGUGUUUCGAGGAGAGCAGCGCCAUCACCCGCGAUCGCGAACCAGUCGACGAGACGAGUGUGCACAUGAGAAAUCACCCUUAGACGAGCUGUCCAAAUCACUCCCUCGUUCGUGCUCGUCUUUUUAGAAUCAUUUGUUCCAUCUGGUUCGCGAUCGAGAGAUGUAUUUGGGAGCGUGUCGACGAAUUGAAUGUGAUAAAGUCAGCGAACGAAUACACAAACACACAGACAUACACGUGCACAGAAACAUACGAGCCAGAGAUGGGCAAAGUUUGAUUCGAUCGAUAGAUGAUGGAUGAAAGCACCAUAUAGCGAAUUAUUCCAUCGGGUUAUUUAGACGAGUCCGUGUUCGUUCAACUAGGAAACACAAUUUCGUUUGAAGUAUAUAUCAAAUUGUAAUUUUGAUCUAAGACGCGACGGAUUCUGGAGAUUUUUUAUCCAAGGAGAGUCGAGUCACUUUUAUAUCUAGGUGAGAAUUUUGCCUGUUUCUGGUACAGAUACACACUUACACCGAGAGACUUUUCGACCAACAGCGACGCGUUUGCCUCUUAAACGACGUCCCCCACAUAUCACUUGAAGAGAGUUUAUAGAAGGCGUGCGCCUCGCUCUCGCACGAUCCCGGUUCGGGGACGAGAGCGACGCCAUUGAGCGGUUUUCUUUGUUCGUUCUUCUCUCAUACUUCACGUGUUUUCAUACAGCCAUGUCACAAGCUCGUCUUUAGAGUUGUCGAGGGUUGUUCGACGAGCCGCGCGAACCUACAGUAUUUCACACUUCUUCGAUGUUCGUUUCCCUCCGGGCUCAGCUUCGGGACUCUCUUUCUCUCGCUGUUUUUUUUUUACCAUCUUCUCUUACGGGGGCCACAAACCUCACGAUUUUUCGUAUAAUAAUCUACGCAACUAAUCGUCCAUACCUCUGUCUCGACGACUGUGCAGCACUGUCUCGAGUAAUGCUCGAGAAUAGUUAUCAACGCACGAAGCAAGGGUAGAGAAUUUUUUUGGCGGGAACCAAUGUCGAACUCUUGAGAUGAAACAUAACUUCUUGCCUCCUAUAAGGAGCAUUUACAGUGAAGCAAGUUCCAUCAAUAUCCGAGGUAUUGCUGGGUAUGACAUUGUCGCAAGGACUAUGAUCGUUAUUUCACGUAUAAUUAUCGUACCGAAAAUUGUGUAAUUUGUGGUUUGCCAUUACCUCUCUUUACGCGUUCUAAUAAUUUCGUUAUCUCUUUCCUCUUCCUUCUAACGUGUCUAUUCGAAACAGAGUUUGUACAUGUAUUGGAGAAUGCAGAGAUUUACAAGUAUGCUUCAGGCCAUUGCACAGUGUCCCAAAAACAGGAUAGUCAGAAAGUUUCAACUAAAGUAAAUAAUGGGGUUAAAAAGUGUGUCGAGAUUUCUCUUCAGCGUUCGUCGAUAAUAUUUUAAGAAUCGCGCGUUAGUCCAAGAAUCGUCGUUAAAAUAUUUGAAGUAGAAGCGAAGUUAUUUAACAUAAUUUAAUUUUAAUUUUUUCGAUCCGACCAAAGAGAUAUCGUCGAGGCUGAUCUCAGAGCUUUCAUUCGAAUUUAUUUUUGUACAGCAGAUUUGUAGAUUGUUCCUACUUGAAGUCAUUGAAUAGGGCUAAAGAUUCAUUUCCAUGUAUGCAAUUUACAGCACAUUUACUUAUUUUUCCAAGGAGAAAUUAUUUCUUGCUUACUUAAACAUCUAGGAAUUAAUUAACAUUUCAGUGAUGUUAGAAUUACAUUAUCAAAUUUAAAAAGGAAAUUAUUUUUUGGUUAUUCAUACGUCUACAAAUUAAUCAAUAUUCUAAAUAAUAAGUGUAACAAUUUCUAAUAGUGUUUAAUGUCUCUUUCAGAAAACGGUUGUAAAUCUUAUAAAAUAUUCUCAAUCAAAUUUAGUUGGCUUAAAAACUGCUUAAACAAUGGUUUCGAAUGCAUUGUGUGGGAACGUGGCUUAAAUUUAUACUUCUGAACGUGCAAUACGCAGUGCAAUAGUUGAAUCAUUUAAAAUGUAUUUUCUAUAGUAGUCCGUGAAUCGUGUUUCAUACAUCGUGUUGCAUACGUGGGAAUGUGGCUUAAUCCUAUAUUCCAUUGCACCGUAAGUGAGAAAAUAUUCGAGUUUAUAAAUAAUUUUCAAAGUUAUUGUAUUUUAUACUUUAUUCACAGGUGGGAAUGUGGCUUAAGCCUCCAGCUCUAAGGCAGAGAGUUACUAUCAUCGACAUUCUCACAUUUUCUUCGCCUCCUGUUCCUCGCUCUGUCUUUUUCAAUUCUUCUUUUCUCGGUCGUCUCUGUAGAAUCGCCACGUAGAUUAAAAGUAGCGAUCAGAGCCCGUAGGAGAACGCCUAGAGGACGAUUCGUAGGAAAAAUCGCGGUGUCCGCAGCACGAGUUAGGUGUGCUCGGACUGAUCUCAUAAGUAAUAAGCUUUCUAGUAGUCGGGAGGGAUGAGGAGGAGCGCGCGACGCUUUUUAGAGUACAGAAAGAGAAUCGUCGAGAGUUAUCGCGAGAGGGAGAGAGCUAGACAAAGCCUUUGACGGCGAAACUGCGAUCUUUCAUUUAUUUUUUUUUGGUUCUUCUUUCUCAAAAUCCCGUUUUUUUUCCGACGCUUUAAUCAAGUCUUCACGAGCCAGAACGUCUAGAAGCUUUUUUUAAUUUGCGUUUUUAAAGACAGAGAUCUUCGUAGCAGAAGCUCCAGCAGAUGCUUCUUUCUCAUUUGUUGAUACGCGGAAUGGGAGUCAACCAUGAUUCGUGCCCGAGUUUUGGGCGAAAUUUCGUAGCCUCGGCGAAUGUGUGUGGUAGCGAGAUCUAGGGGUAGUCAAAAUCAGAGAUGGGCAAAAUUUGUAUUUCAACAUGAAACAUUUCGUGUGCAUGCAAUUGGUGUUAGAAUCCUGUUCUGCACGCGUGGCAUUAGUGGGAAUACGGUUUGAGGCUGUUCUCCCUUUCGUGCAACGAAAUCAUUUAAAUGUCCUGUACAAUUUAGCGUAUUUUAUAAUUUCGAUUAAAUUUGUAUUCUUGCAUUCUGCAGUAUGUAAUUCUAUAAUUCAAAUUGCAAUUGUUAUUCGUCGAUUAACAAUUGGAAAGUAGUUUCAUCGUCCUUACUAGGAAACUUAUCCACGCAAGAAUUUUGCCCAUCUCUGAACAAGACCAAUGUACAAGUAAGUCGCGCGUCGAGAGUUCGUACUUGGAGUAAAGUGCAAACUCUGGACGCGCGAUUACUACAAACUAGACGAAUGGGAGCGAAGCUCGGAACGAGACAUUUGUUCUACGCAUAUGUAUGUAUACAGACACAUACAUAUAUAUACACACACACACACAGACACGCGCAUACGUACAUAACACGCAUACACAUGUAUCGUUAUUCUUUGUAUUCUUAGUUUUCUUUUCAUUGUUUAAUUUUCGAAGAGAGAGACGAGAGAUAUAUCAACGAGCUCGCAUAGCUGGUCGCGCAACGUAUUCGCGAGCUCGAGAGCCACCUCCGAGAGUCACAAAGCAUAUUUGCGAAAGAUAAACAAAAAAUGGGGAGGGGGGAACUGAUGAUAAAACAAACAAAAAAAUAUAUAUAAUGAAGGAAUAUAUAAUAACGAACAGAACAACAUUUACAUGCCACCGCGUCGAAUACGAUCGUGUGAUAAUUACAAGUGAUUUGACUAUAGGCCCUUCCAAAUGGAUUCAGUCGGUUAUACAUUAUUAUUAUUCUAUCGUGUCUGGAGUAGCGAAGGGCACGAUCGUGUCAGCUCGAAUCCCGCUCGAUCACGCGAACGUCUAUGGUCUCCUUUUUUUUAUAUAUAUAUAUAUAUAUAUAUAUGUAUAUAUAUAUUUUUAACCUUUUUGUCAGACGUUUUUCAUAAUUUUCUUUGUUUUUUUUUUUAUUUUUAAACUCGCGACUUCGAACGACAGAGAUAGAAGGGAAUAGGAGAGAGAAGAGAGAUUUUUUUUUAUAUUGUUCGAACGUGGAGAAUUUUCCAUAAGGCGACUAGGCAAAGUAACAUCGAUGGUCACGUUGAUUCGAUUAAGCGACGCGGUCGACGCCUAAUCUUAUCAUGGGCCGUGGCCAGUCGUCUCUGGUCUCGAUCCGUCGAGAUCUCGCGAUUCACGGGGAGUUCUCUAGGUUCGAUCUUUUCGAGAAGACAUGAUUUUCGUCGAGACUAUUCGUCGCGGGGUCGGGCACACGCAAUUCGAGCUGGGAACGACCGUUGGAGUUACGUUGGAGGGUCGUAUGUGAUGUGAUUUCUUUUAUAUCAUAACGAACGAUGAACACUCUAAGAAAUGUUAUAGUUUCAUAUAAGUGAUAUGUUAUUUGUCAUUUAUUUUAUCCCUUAAUAAAUGAUGUUAUAUAAAAAAAAAAAAAAAA